AUGCUUCGCUCGAUAACCGUGGCGCCAUUGACCCGCUGUGGGUUGCCAAAUACGGCCAGAAGCUCCCUUCGUCUUCUUCUGACCGCUCCAGAGCCAGAACAAAACUCAAAAAGCACCAGUCAACCAGCACGGAAACUUUCACCAGAGGAAGCCAAAGCCGAGGCUGCCAAAGUUCACGUUCAAACUCUCAAGGACAUGGGAUCGCUCUUUUCUUCUGGCAGCGACGAUGGAACUCAGCCUAUAGACACUGCUCCAAUCUUCAAGAACCCCCAGAUUUUCGGCACAUUGAGUCUUUUGCAUCAAGGCCAGGUUCUUCAAGAGCUUCAAGAGAAGUACGACAAAAAGUGGCACAAGCUCACCGAAGCCGACAAGAAACUUGGCUACUACAUUGCAUACGGUGACUGGGGUGUCAGAGAGAAGUUUUCCAACUGGAAGUCCAUGGAACCUCCUCUUGAUCUCCCGUUCACUAUUCCUUCCAAAAUACGAACUACACAACCAAAAAACAAUGACAAGAUUAAUAAAUUGGAGCCUGUUAUACUUGCCGAGACGCCCGUCAGAAAGGGGCAGUUUGACAUCAAAAAAAUGGACCCUGUGACCAAGACGUUCAUCUAUAUUACCAUCUUCGUGGUGAUGUUGGCGAUUGCUCGUGACAAGAAGAUCGGCGAGGAGGGCAAGCCCAAGGAAGUCGUCAUCGAGGACUCAUUCCAGAAGAAGGAACCCGAGCCCGAGCCUGAACCUCCAAAGCCAAGCAAGAAAUGGUACUACCUUUGGCUCAAGUAG